UUUUUUAUUUGACCUUAGGUCAGAAUCCUACAAUAUGGCGAACGAGUCGCUCAACAACAACGUUGCAGACGACUUCCUGUCAUUCCACCGUUCCCUUGGCAACCACGUCUUGACGACCUGUGUGGGAGGGACGGGGUGGCUGGUGGACGACAUUUCUGUCAGCGCCCAGAAGUUCCCGCCAAAAACCGUCCUGCGGAAGACAUCAAAGUGCACAGACCGCGGCAGCAUCGUCUUAGAACGUCUCGAUGGCGCAAACCUCAACACAGCAUUCCGUGCAAAGGCCUUCUUCUUUAAGGCGCCGUUGGCCACCGAUGUCUUAGACCUCGUCCAGACGUCUCAGGUUGACCACCAAGUGAACUUCCGUGAUACCGUAACCAUGGUAACGAGGACAGAAGGAGGAGGCGGAGUGAGUCCGCUUCCGUUCGGCAAGGUGGGCGUGAACUUCUCAGGACGGCGGCGCAAGGUCAAGUGUUCCAAAGUCAAGGUCACGUGUAAGGGUCUCCGAGAAGAGACAGUUGACUUCGGAACCCUCGCGAACAAGCUGGCCAGUCUUUCCUUAAAGGAUCCGGAGAACUUGGGGAACGAGGACAGUUUCUUAGUCAUGACGAACGUCUUGGUGGCAGACGAGUUCUCCUGGACCCAGAUAAGUAGUGAGGAGAAGAGCGAGAGAUAUGGCGGGAAACUCACCAUGGGCCUUGGCACCUGUUUGGGUUACGUCAGCCGGGAAACGGAGACCCCCGAGGAACAUGUUCACAACGACAGAGACGUCAUCUUGGCCUACAAACUGGCCAAGGUCAAGGUUACGGACAAGGAGAAGGGCACCAUUGCCAGGGAAGACGUCUUGAAGGAAGGCGAGUUUGAAGGGAACUACACCUUGGCGCGGGGAGAGGUGGACAGAGAUGGGCAAUACGCGCUAUGUGUGACCUACCGACAAGACGGACAGGCCCGGCUGGGCAGGUGUAACCUCGUCUUCAGACUCCUCGGGACGGGCGGGACGGAGGACAUCACGAUUCGGGAGGAGGAACUUCUUUCCUCGGGAACGUACCAGAGUAGUUUCAGUCGCUGCAGUAGCGGACUGUUUCCGCUAAGGGGCGUGCGUGUGUGGAAGGCGCGGGAACGCCACAAGACGCUGAUGGACUGGAUCAGGGUCAAGUUCUCCAGCUCUAAGGACAGAAGUCAGCUAAAACUGAUAAAGGUGACCGUGACGGACGUGCAGCGUGACGUCACGCAGGUGUGUCGGUGCGGAGAGACGGAGGUUGCCAGGGGCGACUGGGCGUGGUUCGGCUGUGACGGACAGGACUCCGGGGAAGGUUACACUGUGAGUGUAGAGUACACCCCCACGACCGGACCGACCACCACCACUGACAUCACCGUACAGCCGGACGCUCCCCUGGCGGCGCUCAUGUCCACCCUGGCCCGAGAAACUCACGUCCCCUGCGCCCGGCAGGCUAUCCUGCACGACGGGGAGGAGCUGAUGGAUCCCGAUGUGUGCCUCAAGAAACUUGGGAUUGUAGAAGGAACCCAUCUGGUUCUUAAGAAAAUAGAAAGACGUCAGACCACUUUCACUGAUGCAACAGACUCAGUUAACGGAGGCCCGCCAGACGAAACAGACGCCAUUUUUGACAUGGAAAGAACCACGCUGGUGACACGGGUGAUACAGGAGAUCAAGGACCUGAUCGCUCCAGAAUGUGCGGAAACGGAGGACAAGCAGAAGUGGCAAGACGUCCAGGCCAUCCUGACGGAACAGAUAACCGUAAACCCGGACGGUUACCCAGAAAUCCCCUCGGCGGCCCUUCAGGACAUAGUGCGCGUGAUCAGCGAGACCGAGGCUGCAGAGGUCACUGACCUGCUGGAGGAGGCUGAUGACGACAUCUCGCUGUUGGACGUUUUCUGCGAACUCUCGGAGAGACUCUCGCGAGAUCCUGUCUCGUGAGCAGGUUGUCUGACAGAGGACGAGAAGAUUUCUAUCAGUACCCACUGUGACCAGUACCUGUCCCUCAAUCUUGCCCUCUUCUUCCAACAAAAACAAUUUGCAUUAAUUGUUUUAGAAGCGAAUCAUUGCCUUUUCGUGCCAUACCGCAAGGUGGCGUAUAUAUGUCACACGACGGUUGUUCUGUUCCUCGUUGACGUAGCCAUAAGAAAAACAAAACAGAUAAAACGUUGGACAAUUAGGGACUAAAUUUGUCGACAAUUUAUCAAAUGUUGAUAUGAUGAUGAUAUGUCAUUUGUCAUGAGCCCACGUUAAACAGAGAGGUCUUUCUGUAAGUUCUAACUUUCUUGUAUCCAGUGUCACAUUUUCAGUUGAGCAGGCAAAUAAGUAAGAGUCAUUUUAUUCACAUCAUACUAAUCCAAAACACACCACCCGGUAACGGUUAAGAGUUCGCCUACCGACUUUUUAAAUAACACGAAAUUGAUUAGUCGUCAUCUCUUUACCAUCGUAUUCAUUUUUCAAUUUCUGAUGCCGUAAUUGUUGUUCCAAACAGAGGGAAAAUAAACAAACAGGAGAGUCAUUUUGUGUCCCUUUGUUUGCUCCUUACUCACAAAUCUGCUUGAAUACAAGUCCCAACCCAGUAAUUGACUUUCAUUCAGACA